AUGGCUCACAUUCAUCCGUUCCUUCAUGCGGAGAUCCUCAAAACUCAUGACCGGGCCACUGUGCGAUUUCUCAUAGACCGCAUGAGGGGAUUCCCGGUCGCGUUCGCUCAGUAUAAAAUGACUCUAUUCAUGCACCCUUAUCUCUAUGACCCAUCCCUAGAGGAUAUCCAUACUAUCUGCAGUCUCUACCAGGGCCCUGAACCUUCCCCGAAUAAGCUUCUUGUUGCCUCUCUGAGGCAGAAGUCCGCAGAGAUUUAUCGACAGACGAGACAGUUAACGAGCUUUGAGAAGCUCCUCGCCUACGUUCAGACCUUGGUCCUCAUACAAUGCAUGCUAGUCUUCGACCGUGAUGAAGAGAAUGCCGAAUCCACCAACAGCCUACUUGCCGGACUAGCGCGACGGCUCUGGGCACAGGCGCCGAACCAGCUUCCUCAUGAGAUGAGUCCUAGAAGAGCAUGGCUAUUUGCGGAAAGUGUCCGGCGAACCAUCAUUGUCUCCUAUGUACUGUGCAGUGUGUAUUCACUGCAGAAACAAAACUAUUCAGUUCGAACUCCUUUUGUGGAAGCAUUACCCUUCGAUGACCGCACGUUCUUAUGGGAUGCGCCUUCGGAACAGACCUGGCAGGAAGGCACAUCACGAAGGCCAAUUUCAAUGGUGUCUCUACGUGAAUACUCGGACAUGCUCGCGUCGAGUGGGGCUGAUGAGGUCACGGAAUUUGGAAGCCUCGUAUUAGCGGCCUGUAAGGGAAUGCUUCCGUCGCCCCUAGUGUGA